CUCAAGUCAAGUCGGCCUUAGUGUUUGUUUACAUGGGCCAGCUGUUGCAUCAUGGCGGCCACACACGUCACCUUCCGCUGGCUGGACAUAUUAGAGAAGGAGUUCGACAAGGCCUUCGUCGACCUCGACAUCCUAGUAGGUGAUGUUGACUUCUUUGUGCUGGAGGAGCAGGACUUCAGGUCACAGGCGAGAUCUAGACUGGAGGCUCUCUCGUCCUGCUUCGCCCAGCUCACACACAAGGCACAGACCAUCUUCCAGGCCAAUGCCAAGCUGGAGGCUGAGUUGGUGCACCUGAGACAUGAGUGCGCAGAGGGGCGAGCGUUCCGGCAGGUGUGCGAGGCGGAGAACAAGGAGCUGUUGAUGAAGCUGCACUCCACUCAGCUGAAGCUCCACUCGGCUGGCGGCUCCCCUCACGUCCAGGACUCAGAGAAGAUCAGGGAGAGGCUGGAGAAAGACUUGGAGGAGCAGCGUUCAGAGAGCCUGAAGGUCCACGUUGGUGCUCACGAGGCGGCCCUGCUGAGGCGCGAGAACAACUCCCUGCGCUGCUUCAUCCUGGGCCUGCAAGGAGAACUCUAUGGGGCAAAGCUGGCGGCCAAGUACCUUGACAAAGAGCUGGCCGGCAGAAUACAACAGAUCCAGCUUCUUGGGAGGGACUUGCGAGGGGACGAACACACCAAACUAUGGCAGCAACUUGAGGCGGAGAUCCACCUUCAUCGCCACAAGACAGUCGUGCGCGCCUGCCGGAACCGCUUCUCCCACGGACAGCAGCAGGCGCCAGGCAGUGUGACCGGGGAAGGUGUCGGCGGUGGCAGUGGUGGUGGUGUGGCAGCUGUGGCGAAUGGGGUGUGCAUGGCCCAGCCCAGCAAGCAGCAGCAGCAGCAGGGCAGGAUCGUCAACCUGCACAAGGCAUCCAACGAAGGACUCGGCAUAUCCAUCACGGGUGGCCGAGAGCACGGUGUUCCUGUCCUCAUCUCCGUCAUCCACCCAGACACACCCGCCAGCCGCUGCGGACGCCUCUUUGUGGGUGACGCCAUCCUCGCCGUCAAUGAUAUGCCCCUGAAGGAGGCAAGUCAUGCCGAGGCUGUGCAGGUGUUGUCCGAGCAGGAGGGAAUCGUCAAGCUGGAGGUGAUGUAUGUGCCGCCCGAGGAUGAUGAUGACGAGACCUCCUUGGCCGAUGACCCCUAUGGCUUCAAGUACAAGAUCUUUGACGAGGACGUGGUCAGCCUCACAAGCAGCCAGCUCAUGCCCAACGGCCGCCUCUCCAGGGCCUCCGUCGAGAGCAUCCGCGGCUCCACCGAUAACAUGCUGCUGGACUCACCAAGGCGACAGACAGACCUGGCGGGCGGCGGGAUCGGGAUGCUGGACGAGGUGGAAGAGGAAGCGCAUGGGGCCCACAGCACCAACGGGGUCGCCACCUCCACUAACGGCAUGGAGGACCUGAUGGCCAGCGGCGGGACAAUGGACGACGCAGCCUCGCACGAGAGUCUGAACGGAGCCGCGGCGCACCUGGUGUUCCAUAGUGACGGCACAGCCAGUGAGGAGGAGGGCGGAUGUACUCAGGUGGAACAAGACAUCACCACCUCCACCAUCAACACUGCCGCCGCUGCCGCUGCUGGGUCUACCGAGGUUCUUACAAGGGAUGCCGAGGAGAGAGAGGCAGUGGAGGAGGAGACAGCGGGGGUGAAGGACCAGCUGAUCCUCAAACCACAGGACCUGGCGGAUAUUAGCUUCAAGGACACGCAGGACUCCAUCACGGAAUCCUCACUCAGCUCCCCCUCAAUGGAAGAAAAUGAAGAGGUGCUCCCUGAAGGCUGCAUCUCCCCACUCGAAGAGAUUGAACAGAAACUUAACCUUAAUUUCUCCAUCAAAGCAACGAAAGCAGAGGAGGCAUCCGAUGAGCCUCACAGCAGGACGCCAGUGUUUAACGGGAGCUACUGAUGGUUCCCUAUGUUGUCCCCUACACAGGCAUCACCAACACACACUUAACACACCAUUCCUUCAUUUGGUGCUGGAUACUGUGGAUAGGAGACAACAUAGCACUCUGUAAGUCUGGUUCUGGUGUGUGUAGUUAGACAAAAGGAGAGAAUACAGGAGCUAUCGACAAUUUCCUAUGUUCUUCCUUACACAAACAGCAAAACACUUAUUCCUUCAGUGCUGGAUAGGAGGCAAUGCAACACUCUAUAAGUCUGGUUCUGAUGUGUGUAGUUAGACGAAAGGAGAGAAUACAGGAGCUAUUGACAAUUUACUAUGUUCUUCCUUACACAAACAGCAAAACACACUUAACACACUUAUUCCUUCAGUGCUGGAUAGGAGGCGAUGCAACACUCUAUAAGUCUGGUUCUGAUGUGUGUAGUUAGACGAAAGGAGAGAAUACAGGAGCUAUUGACAAUUUCCUAUGUUCUUCCUUACACAAACAGCAAAACACACUUAACACACUUAUUCCUUCAGUACUGGAUAGGAGGCGACGCAACACUAUAAGUCUGGUUCUGGGGUGUGUAGUUAGAUGAAAGGAGAGAAUACAGGAGCUAUUGACAAUUUCCUAUGUUCUUCCUUACACAAACAGCAAUACAUACUUAACACACUUAUUCCUUCAGUGCUGGAUAAGAGGCGAUAUAACACUCUGUAAGUCUGGUUCUGGUGUGUGUAGUUAGAUGGAAGGAGAGUUUAUGGAAGCUAUUGAGAAUUUCCUAUGUUCUUACCCACUCAAACAUCAACGCACACUUAACACACCAUUCCUUCCUUCAGUCCUGAUUAAGACGCAACACAGUACUCUAUAAGUCUGGUGUGUGUUGUUUGACGAAGCUAUAUACUCUGGAAGAAGUUGAUGAUCUCCCAAGUUCUUCCUCAUACAGACACCAGCAACACUUACUUAUCACACCAUUCCUUUCUUCUGUGCUGAUUAGGAGGCAACAUAACACUACAGAGUUGGAUAAGAGGAUCAAUAGACGCCGUAACCAGAAUAUGGAGAAUCGAAUAUCAAAAUCACAGUAAAAACUUAAAUGGGUCCACUUUUUAUACUUUCCCAGGAGUGUGACGAGAGAGAGAGAGAGAGAGAGAGAGAGAGAGACGAGUUAUUUUCCACACAAUCUUUUUUGCUGAUGUGUGUGCGUGUGUGUGUGUGUGUGUGUGUGUGUCUGUGUGUUCAUUGGUCUUGGUUAGUCGAGGAGGAUGCAUUAAUGGGGCAAACUGUAUGAUGUCCUUUUUUUUUCCUCUUUUUUCCUCUUUCUCCUCAACUUUUUUUUUCUUUUUCCUCAUUUUCCUUUUUUUCUCAUCUUCCUCUUUUUUCUCCUCUUUUUCCUUUUUUUUCUCCUCUUUUCCCUCUUUUCUCUCCUCUUGUUCCUCUUUUUUUUCCUCUUUUUCCUCUUUUUUCUCCUUUUCCCUCUUCGUUCCUCUUCUCUGUCCUCUUUUUUUCUCUUCUUAUUCAUCUGGUUUUCAUUUUUCACUUCCAUUUCCUCUUCUCUCUUUUUCCUCUUAUUAUUUCUCUUCUUCCACUCGUUAUCUUCUUUUCCCUCCAAUUUCCUCUUUCCUCUUCUUUUUCCUUUCAUUUCCUUCUUUUUCCCUUCCAAUUUCCUCUUUCCUCUUCUUUUUCCUCAUAUAUUUUCUCUUCUUCCUCUAGUUUUUUCUUUUCCCUUCAAUUUCUGCUUUCCUCUUCUUUUUCCUCAUUUUCUUUUUCCCUUCUAAUUUCCUCUUCCCUCUUUUCUUUUUCCUCUUAUUUUCUUCUUUUUCCUCUAAUUUCCUCUUUCCUCUUCUUUUUCCUUUCAUUUUCUUCUUUUCUCUGUUCAUUUCCACUUUUCUGCUUUUAUUUUUUUUCCCUUCCAUUUCUUCUUUUUUCCUCUUUUUCAGCUAAUUCCUUUUUUUUCCUUUCAUUUCCUCUCUUCUCUUAUUCCACCUUUCUCUUCUUUUCCUCCUUUCACUUUUACUUCCUCUUGUUAUCUUCUCUUCUUUAUUUCAUCUUUUUUUCUCUUCUUUUCCUCAUAUUUUCUUUUUUCCCUUCCACAUCAUCGGCAGAAAUGGGCAAACUUUAAUAUAUUCUCUUCCUCUUCCUUUUCUUUCCUUCCUUUUCCUUUUCUUUCCUUCCUUUUCCUUAUUUCCUUUCCUCUUCUUUAUGUUCUCGAGAUGCUGGGUGGAGGGAGGGAGGCUGGGAUAGUUACCUCUGUUAUUGUUAUUUUCUGUAAUUAUCGUAAGCAGCUAUUUAUCACGUAGUCGGGAAUCCACGGUGCUGGCAGUGUGGUGAAGUUGCAGGGUCUCAUUUGGUUCUUUCUUAGUGGUGGGGUGGGUGGUGGUGGUGGUGGUGAUGGUGGUGGUGGUUGUGGGCUGUAUUACAAUUCGAGGAGGAUGCAUUGAUGUGGCAAGCUGUAUGAUAUCCUUCCUUUUUUUCCUCUUUUUUCUCAACUUUUUCCUCUUUUUUUUCCCUUAUUAUUCCUUUUUUCACUUCCCUUUCCUCUUAUAUUUUCUCUUCUUCCUCUUGUUUUCUUCUUUUCCCUUCAGUUUCCUCUUUCCUCUUCUUUUUCCUUCAUGUUCUUUUUCCUCUCCAUUUCCUCUUUUGUCUUUCCUUUUAUUAUCUUCUCCUUUAUUUCCUCUUUUUUUCUUUUCCUCAUAAUUUCUUCUUUUUUCCCUUCCACAUCAUCGGCAGAAAUGGGCAAACUUUAAUGUCUCCUUCGGGUCCCUACAAAGGUCGGUUUAGGAGCCUUAUUAUGAGUCCAAUCCCAGAAGUUUCGGGUCCCUACAGAGUUAUUCAUCCCGAACUCUCUAGGGACCCGGAACUUCUUGGAUUGGACAUGUAGGUUGGUAUUAAAAGACACUUACGCUUCUCACAUCAGCUAUUUCUAAAGGUCAAAGAGGGGGUCAGUCAGGUUCUAAUGAGUGUUUCUUCAGGUUCAUGGUACAGAAGAAGACUCACACUAUCACCAGGGUCAUAAAACUACCCCUGGAAAUGCCCACAACUCCUACGAAAGCCAUGUCAAAUAUGUGUUCUUCGGCGGCAAUGUGUCUUGUAAUACGACCCGUAGUGUGGCCCCUAAACCACUGUUGCCAGAUUGUUAUCCUCAGAGCAUCAUAUUUACCGACUUUUGACACUUAACUAGUCCUAAAACACAUCAGGAAUUAAAGAUUGUAACCAUAACUAUAAAAAAAAAAUCUCGUUAUUGGAAUGCAGGAGACAGUUUUUAGGUCGGAAAUUGUCAAGUAUAAGAAGCUGAGUAUGAAAAUCUGGCACCUUUGCCCUAAACCAACCUUUGUAGGGACCCGAAACUUCUCGGAUUCGACUUGUAAUACAGCCCUUUGUCUCUCAUUUCUCACAUACAGUUUCGCCAUUACUGAGAACCGAUUUACACAGAAUAUUUUUACCCAUACAUGCGUGAAAGUCUGUGGUCAUUGGUUGUGGUUAGUAGAGGAGGAUGCUUUGAGGAGGCAAGCUGUAUUACGUCCCUCCUUCAUUUUCCCCUUUUUCUUUAUCCUCUCUCAUCACAACGAAGGUAGAGAGGUGACGUUGCCAGACUCUGUACUCUUACUUAGAACUCAUUCGCACUUAUUAUGACAGAAGUACUCAAUGCUUAUACUCUCUUGCUCUUUAUUCUCUCCAGACCCUCAGAAUCCUUGAGUUGAGAUGACAGUCAGGAGUUUCAGUCAGGCUUUUCACUGUCUGGGUCUGCUUUCCUUAUAAUCACAAAGUUAUAUAUAGCUAACCUCCCUGUGUACCUUCUAGUAUAUAUUUAAUGUGUUACUUGGUCAAUGCCUCAAGAAACUUAUUUAGCGAGUGAGCACUAGACAUAAGGGAGCGGAUUAUGGUCCUUUUUGUACCUUCUAAUGUGUAUGUACGCUGCUUCUUCUUACCUUGAAUUGGUGCAUUAUUUGGCCAACGCCUCAAAAACUUAUUUAGCGAGUGAGCGCUAGACAUAAGGGAACAGAUUAUGGUCCUUUUUGUACCUUCUAAUGUGUAUGUACGCUGCUUCUUCUUACCUUGAAUUGAUGCAUUAUUUGGCCAACGCCUCAAAAACUUAUAUUUAACGAGUGAUGGCAAGUCAUAAGGGAAUGGAUUAUAGCCCUAUUUAUACCUUCUAAUAUCUAUGUACGCUGCUUCUUACCUUGAAUUGAUGCAUUAUAUGGUCAACCCCUCAAGAAACUUAUUUAACGAGUGAUGGCAAGUCAUAAGGGAAUGGAUUAUAGCCCUUUUUGUACCCUCUAAUAUGUAUGUACGCUGCUUCUUACCUUAAAUUGAUGCAUUAUUUGUCCAAUGCCUCAAGAAACUUAUUUAACGAGUGAUGGCAAGUCAUAAGGGAAUGGAUUAUAGCCCUUUUUGUACCCUCUAAUAUGUAUGUAUGCUGCUUCUUCUUAUCUUAAAUUGAUGCAUUAUAUGGUCAACCCUUCAAGAAACUUAUUUAAUGAGUGAUGGCAAGUCAUAAGGGAACGGAUUAUAGCCCUUUUUGUACCCUCUAAUAUGUAUGUAUGCUGCUUCUUCUUAUCUUAAAUUGAUGCAUUAUAUGGUCAACCCCUCAAGAAACUUAUUUAACGAGUGAUGGCAAGUCAUAAGGGAACGGAUUAUAGUUAACCUCCUUUUGUACCUUCUAAUUUAUAUGUACGCCACUUCCUCCCACCUUAGAUCAAUGCAUUACUUGGUGAACGCCUCGAAAAACUUAUAUUUGACGAGUGGCUGCUUGAUGUAAGGGUUCAGAGCAUCACUUUUCAACUCCUAGGGGGUGGAGUACGCUGUGAUAUUAUUGUCGGUGUGCCAGGAAGGGUAAACCAAGCCUGUAUUUAAUCCUGGGAAGUGCCAAUGUUUCUGGCGCUUAUGUUUACUGCGCUAUGGUGUCAAGGAAGGUAACUGAGGAUGCAUUUGCUCUGAAGAGGUAUUGAGGUUUCUGGCCUUCAUAAUUAUACUGUGUUUGUGGUGCCAAGGAAGGUAACCAAGGCUUCAUUUACUCCAAGGAAAUGUUGAGGUUUCUGGCGUUUAUGGUGCCAGGGAAGGUAACCAAGGAUGCAUUUGUUCAGAGAAAGUGUUGAGGUUUCUGGCGUUUACUUUUACUUUAUUUAUGAUUGACGUUUAUCUAUAAGUGUUGCCAGGGAAGGUAAACUGUGGCAUCAUUUAUUCUGGGGAAGUGUCGAGUUUUCCACAUUUAUAUUCCGGGAAAGUGUCAAGGAUUCUGGUGUUUAUUUUUACUUCGUUCACGAUUGACGUUUAUGUAUUUCAAUGCUGCCGGAGAAGGUAAACUGUGGCAUCAUUUAUUCUGGGGAAGUGUCGAGGUUUCCACAUUUAUAUUCCGGGAAAGUGUCAAGGAUUCUGGUGUUUAUUUUUACUUCGUUUAUGAUUGACGUUUAUGUAUUUCAGUGCUGCCGGAGAAGGUAAACUGUGGCGUCAUUUAUUCUGGGGAAGUGUCGAGAUAUCCACAACUAGAUUAAUUUUAAGGAAGUGUCAAGGUUUCCGCGCUUAUAUUCCAUGAAAGCGUCGUGGUUUCUGGUGUUAUUUUUACUUCGUUUAUGAUUGAUGUUUAUGUGUUUCAGUGCUGCCAGGGAAGGGAAACCAUGGCUACAUCAAUUUUGGGAAAGUGUUGAAGAUUUCCGCAUUUAUAUUCUGCGUUUAGGUUGAUGUUCAUGUGUUUCAGUGCUGCCAGGGAAGGGAAACCAUGGCUGCAUCAAUUUUGGGAAAGUGUUGAAGAUUUCCGCAUUUAUAUUCUGCAUUUAGGUUGACGUCUAUGUGUUUCAGUGCUGCUAGGGAAGGUAAACUGUGGCUGCAUUUAUUUCAAAGUUUCAAGGUUUCUGCGUUUAUAUUCUGCAUUUAGGUGAUGUUCAUAUGUUUCAGUGCUACUAGGGAAGGUAAACUGUGGCUGCAUUUAUUUUGGAGCAGUGUCAAGGUUUCUGCGUUUAUAUUUACUGCGUUUAAAGGUGUACAGUUCAAGGUGUGUGUAAAUCAGUAAGGUGUGAUUGCCAACUCUCUCUCACUUCGCUACUCUGGAAAACUGGGUCGACGUGCGAAUCUUAGUUGUCGAAAUACUGAUAACCGUUGCCUUUUUUUAUAUCUUAUGCUUAUCUCCUUGUCUCUUAUCCUUAUGCAGUCUUUUGUUGCUUUUUUGUAUAUUAUUUUUGCCCUUGAGCUGCCUCCUUGCAUUCCUUCCCUUGUGACCAUUCUCAUAUAUUCAUUUCUAUGCCUCUAAUAGGUCUAUAUGAGUGUUCUAACAGCUGUGAGUACUAAUAGGAGUGCCUGGCUAGCUAUCCAUUUCUUGUGACAGUUCUUGUAUAUUCCUUCCUCUGCCUCCGAUGGGUUCGUAUGAGUGUUCUAACAGCUGUGAGUACUUAUAGGAGUGCCUGUCUUGUGAUCUAAUGCUAUUUUGAGAGGGUUAUAAGAGCAGUUGCAUUGUCUCAUUCCUGUCCCUCUUCCUUACCUCCUUUCCCUUACUCAGUUCUUGUACAUUCCUUCCUCUUCCUCUGAUGGGUUUGUAUGAGUGUUCUAACAGCCGUGAGUACUGAUAGGAGUGCCUGUCUUGUGAUCUAUUUCUGGUUUUGGGGGGGCAUAAGAGUAGGGUCCAUUCUCUCAUUCUUGCCUCCUAUCCCUUGUGACAGUUCUCGUACAUUCCUUCCUCUGCCUCUGAUGGGUUUGUAUGAGUGUUCUAACAGCUGUGAGUACUUAUAGGAGUGCCUGUCAUGUGAUCCAUUUCUGGUUUUGGGGGGGCAUAAGAGUAGGGUCCAUUCCCUCUUCCUUACCUCCUAUCCCUUGUGACAGUUCCCAUACACUCCUUCCUCUGCCUCUGAUGGGUUUGUAUGAGUGUUCCAACAGCUGUGAGUACUGAUAGGAGUGCCUGACUAGCUAUCUGUUUACUUUGAUGCCCAACUGAUGAAUAUUACUUAGUUUUUAUAUAAUGGAUUAGCUUUCCGGUGUAUAUUUUUUCCAAACUUGUUCUUCAUUUAUAGUCCAUUUUCUCAUAUUCUUGUGGUCAGGCUUGCAAUGAUCCUCCUCCACCUUGCUUGAUCCAGUGCUAAUCCUUCCUCCAUUUCUAACACUUCCAAGUCUCCCUUCCCAACAUGAGGUCUAAUUAGUGUCCCUGUCUUAUGAACUUACUCUGAUGCACAACCCUUGGAAUUUACGUUUUUUGAGGGAUCCUCCUCCACCUUGCUUGAUCCAGUGCUAACCCUUCCUCUAUUUCUAACAUCCUUCUAACUCCCUUCCCAACAUGAGGUCUAAUUAGUGUCCCUGUCUUAUAUACUUUGGUGCACAACCCUUGGAAUUUACAUUUUUUGAGGGCAUAAGAGUAGUGUGUCAAUUGUCUCAUUUUUGAACUCCUUCCUUUCCUUCCUUCCUUCGUUUCCCUUGUGACGGUUCCUUCCUAUUCACUCCAAUGCGUCUGAUAAGUUUGUAUGAGUGUUCUGACAUUUAUGAGUACUAAUUGCUGCCUGUCUAACUAUCUAUUACUGCUUUUAGGGGGCAUAUGAGUAUACUGUCCAUUGCCUCAUCCUUGAACUCCUUCCUUCCUUUCCCUUGUGACAGUUCCUUCCUAUUCACUCCAAUGCCUCUGAUAAGUUUGUAUGAGUGUUCUGACAUUUAUGAGUACUAAUGCUGCCUGUCUAACUAUCUAUUACUGUUUUUAGGGGGCAUAUGAGUAUACUGUCCAUUGCCUUGUCCUCCCUCCUUCCUUCCUUCCCUUGUGACAGUUCUUAUACAUUGAUUUCUGUGCCUCUGAUAAGUUAGUAAAGUGCUCUAACAGCCUCCUUCUCACUAUAUACUACUACAUGGUUUUAAUUCAAAGGUUUAUUAGCACAGUAUUAUUAUUUAUGUCCAAGCUUCCGCCUGCGUUACGUUACAAAUUAUUCUUAUUCUUGUUGUUGUUGUUGGUAAAAAGUGAAGAUGUUAGUCGAUACAUACACAUUAUAUAUUAUGGAUCUUAAAAGCCAAAGAAAAGAUGAUUGCAUUAUAAAUAUUUUGACCUGU